AUGGAGAAUGAGCGACAAGAUACAGGAAAUUACUCACAAACAGUUAACGAUGAUAUGCUAGAUGACUUCUUCAAUCAGGAAGGAUUUUCAUAUACAGGAUUGCUUCUUGGAACUAUGAAAAAAAAUGAAGUGAAUCAAAUAAGCGGUGACCAGGGACAAACUAACAAGGACACAGAGGAUGACAAGGUGGACACAUCUACUUCGUUCCUGGAAGAAGAAAUUGAUGAUCCAUGGAAUUUAAACAUGUUUGACAACAUGAACCUAGAUCAGGUUACUGAUAAUCCAAGUACAGAGCAAAACUAUGGGAUGAAGCACCCAAUGUCAGAGGAUUACCAUGAUCAAGCAUCGACAAGCACGAUUACUGACAACUCACCCAAUCAAACUGAAGAACAGCGCAAGGACAUAACUGAAGAAUAUAUACACAUAUUCCUACAAAAUGAAGAGUUAGCUGCUGAGGGAAAGGAAAUGGAGGAGGAUACACCAAAUGAAAGUGACAGCCAGUUAAAACCUGAAAAGGGAAUGCAUUUUCAGACAAGAGAAGAAGCUCAGAAGUUCUUCAACUUGUAUGCAUACACUGCUGGCUUCUCAGUAAGCAUUGUCUCUUCUUACCGUACUACAAGUAAGAAAAGAAACAAUGAAGUCAUAAGAUUCACUAUGAAGUGCAACAAGUACGGGAAAAUAAAUGAACAAGAAACUGAGCAAGUUGUAGCACAGAGACAAAGCACGGUCAUAGCGAAAAGUGAUUGCAAAGUUGAGAUGGUGGUCAGUGAGAACAAAGGAUUUUGGGAAAUUACAGGACUAAACCUUUUGCACAACCAUCAACUCAGCCCUCAAAGCAGGUUUUUCAGAUCACACAUCUACAUGUCUGACGGUGAAAAGGAAAUGAUACGGACAAUGAAAUAUUGCAACAUGCCUACUAGAGACAUGGUUGCUGUCUUGGCAUUCAUAAGAGGAGGGAUGGAACAACUACCAUACAACAAGAGAAAGGUCAGCAACUACAACAAUUCAAUAAACAGGGAAUUAACAAACAAUGACAUGAUGGAAGUUCUGGACUGGUUUAAAAAGAAAAGAACUGAAAACCCAGGAUUCUAUCACUCGCUUGACUUGGACAAAGAAAACAAAGUCAGGAGUGUGUUUUGGGCAGAUGCAAGGGCAAUACAGUAUUAUGACAUAUGUGGUGACUGUGUGAGCUUUGACACGACAUUCCUAACAAAUAAGUACAAUCUCCCUUUUGCACCAUUUGUUGGAGUGUCGCCACACGGAAAAACUUACCUAUUUGCAUGCGCAUUCAUAGUCAACGAAACAUCAGAAAGUUUCCAGUGGUGCUUCAGGGAAUUCAAAGCAGCAAUGGGUGGAAAGCCACCAAAAACAAUUAUAACUGACCAGGACAAGGGCAUGGCAAGUGCAAUACCAUCUAUUUUCCCAAAUGCUAUACACAAAUGUUGUUUGUUUCAUAUCAAGAAGAAAAUAGAUGACAAGGGAGGCACUGUAUUUCAAGCAAAUGAAGGCCUGUAUGAGGAACUACAAGAUAUAAUUGACAAGUCCUUGACAGUGCAUGAAUUCGAAACACUAUGGCAGCAAAUGAUAAAUGAGUACAAUGUGGGACAUAUUAAAAUAUUCCAAGAUCUUUGGAAAAGCAGAGAGAAGUGGGUACUAGUUUACUUCAAGAAUCAUUUCUUCCCAUUCAUACAAACAACGGCUAGAAGCGAAGGAACUAAUGCAUUGUUCAAGAAGGGAGUUGGACCACAAUUUAGCAUGACAAGCUUCUUGAGAGAAUACCAAAGAAUAAUGGAUAACAUGCAUGCAAAUGAAAACGAGUUGGAUCAUAAUGCAACUAACAAGAAAGUCAGGGAGAAAAAGUUCAUCACUCAAUACUACAUUGAACGGCAGGCACAUGAGCUGUACAAUUUAGCAAUCUUUAGAAAGUUCCAGCUAGUCCUAAAUGAUGUAACAAGACUCCAAAUAAGAGAAGAUGUUAAAGGGAAGAUGUACUUGGGUGUUUCGAGCAGACAAAUUAUCCUCGUAAAAGAGCAUAGGCACGAGAGAGUAAACAAGAUCCCAGAUAAGUACAUAAUAGAAAGGUGGCGGAAAAGAGAAAGAAAACUUCUGAAACAUAUUGUUCCACCACUAAAUGAGGACAGCACAGUUUUAAGAUUCAAUGUUCUUUCUAGAAUGUUAGGACACACGGCUUCAAAUGGUUCUAAGAACAAAAGAAAAUACCAAUAUUUGCUACAAGAGAUACCAAGACUUGAGGCAGAAAUGGCCAAAAUGGACACAGACACAUAUGAUAUGUCAGCUAUGGGGCAGAACCGCUCAUCAAGAACAAUAGUCAAUCUGGAUCCUACAGGUGAAAGUGGAACAACAAUACAAUUACUUGACCCAGAUGUUGCUGAUACAAAGGGCCGCCAAAGAUUACUGACUAUAAAGGAAAGGAUUAAGCAAAAUAAGUUCUAUACCUGCAGCCAUUGUGGUUCUACUAAUCACACAAAGAAAAAAUGUGAUAAGUUGCAUUUGGUCUUCAAUUUGCCAAAGAAGAACAGAGGAAAGAAGAAGAAGAAAGAAAAUGAAGGUACACAAAAAAAAGGACAAGAAGCUGAAGCAGUCAAGUCCAGGGACAGAACUCAAGACUGA